UAAUUCAUUAAAUUAAAUAGCUAAAUAGUCAAAUGGUAAUACAAACAAUGCUGGCUUGAAUACCUGACUAUGACAAUAAAUUCUAAUUGUCCGUAAACAAAUCAAUACAAUUAUAGCCAAAUAACAAAAACAAACGCGAUUUGGUCAUAAAAUAUUUCAAUUACCUAAGUUAAACGUUGAUAACCUAUUAAUCCGUGUACACAUUAAUUAGCAGAUUCCGAAAAAAAUAUUUGUGACGACAUUUGAGGUCGUAUCGACUGCACUUAACGAACAAUCUCUCAUGUGGUUCGAUGAUGCGUGUGCGUGAUGGGCAAUACCGGUGUGAUGUAUGUGAAAAAUCAUUUUGUCACAAUAGCCAACUGAUGGUUCAUAAACGGACGCACACGGGCGAGAAGCCAUACCCGUGCGGCGUAUGCGACAAAUGGUUUAGUAGCGGUGGCCAACUAACGGUUCAUAUGAGGACGCACACGGGAGAGAAGCUGUACGCAUGUAACGUGUGUGAUAAAUCUUUCUCUCAAAGCAAUAGUCUAACAGUUCAUCAGAGGACGCACACGGGCGAGAAGCCAUACCCGUGCGACGUAUGCGAAAAAUCGUUCAGUCAGAAUGUUCAACUGGUGGUUCAUACGAGGACGCACACGGGAGAGAAGCCAUACCCGUGCGACGUAUGCGACAAAUGGUUUAGUAGCGGAAGCCAACUAACGGUUCAUAAGCGGGCGCACACAGGAGAAAAACCAUACUCGUGUAACGUGUGUGAUAAAUCUUUCUCUCAAAGCAGUAAUCUAACAGUUCAUCAGAGGUCGCACACGAGCGAGAAGCCAUACGCGUGUGACGUAUGCGAAAAAUCGUUCAGUCAGAAUGUUCAACUAGUGGUUCAUAUGAGGACGCACACGGGAGAGAAGCUAUACGCAUGUAACGUGUGUGAUCAAUCUUUCUCUCAAAGCAGUAAUCUAACAGUUCAUCAGAGGACGCACACGGGCGAGAAGCCAUACCCGUGCGACGUAUGCGACAAAUGGUUUAGUAGCGGAAGCCAACUAACGGUUCAUAAGCGGGCGCACACAGGAGAAAAACCGUACUCGUGUAACGUGUGUGAUAAAUCUUUCUCUAAAAGCAGUAAUCUAACAGUUCAUCAGAGGUCGCACACGGGCGAGAAGCCAUACGCGUGUGACGUAUGCGAAAAAUCGUUCACUUGCGCAUCGAAUAUGACUAAACACCGACGAAUCCACCAGACAGAGCAGCCAUAAAUUACGCGAAACACCCACUGCCCAAAUUUUAUGUUAUUUAUGUACGCGUGUUUUUCAAUUAUGGGUUGUGUUUAGAUUUUCAAUGUCAUUAACGAGAGAGACCCUUUGGUUUUGAUUUGCAGUUUGAAUUAUUAAGCACAUCACUAAACAUGUUUUGUUUUUUUGUAUUGAUAAAA